AUGUAUGAGCUCAACGACAGCAGCUUCGACCCCAUCACCUUCGUCCUGACGGGCAUCCCAGGCAUGGAGGAGUCCCACAUCUGGAUCUCCGUCCCCUUCUGCCUGAUGUACCUCACUGCAGUGUUCAGCAACUCAGUCCUUCUCUUCGUGAUCAGCACGGACCGGCGCCUCCACGAGCCCAUGUACCUGUUCCUCGCCAUGCUGGCCGUCUCUGACCUCAUGCUGUCCACCACCACGGUGCCCAAAAUGCUGGCCAUCUUCUGGUUCAGCGCCAGGGAGAUUUCCUUUGAUGCCUGCAUCACACAGAUGUUCUUCACCCAUUUCAGCUUCAUCGUGGAAUCCUCUGUGCUGCUGGCCAUGGCCUUCGACCGCUACGUGGCCGUGUGUGACCCGCUGCGCUACUCAUCCAUCCUGACGCCCUCGGUGAUCGGGAAGAUCGCCCUGACCGCCGUCGUCCGGGGCUUCUGCAUCAUGUUCCCGCCCAUCUUCCUGCUGAAGCGGCUGCCCUACUGCGGGCACAACGUGAUGCCCCACACCUACUGCGAGCACAUGGGCAUCGCCCGCCUGGCCUGCGCCGACAUCAGAGCCAACGUGUGGUACGGGCUGACGACGGCGCUGCUCUCCUCGGGGCUGGACGUCGUGCUCAUCGCCGUGUCCUACGUGCUCAUCCUCCGCGCCGUGUUCCGGCUCCCGUCCCCGGAGGCUCGGCUCAAAACUCUGAGCACCUGCGGCUCCCACCUCUGCGUGAUCCUCAUGUUCUACGUGCCCGCCUUCUUCUCCUUUCUCACGCAUCGCUUCGGCCACCACAUCCCCAGUCGUGUCCACAUCCUCCUGGCCAACCUCUACGUCGUGGUCCCGCCCAUGCUCAACCCCAUUGUCUAUGGGGUGAAGACCAGGCAGAUCCGGGAGCGUGUCCUCCGCCUCCUCUGCCCCGCAGGGGAGUGUCCCUGCCCCGGCUGCGGGGGCAGGUGCUGA